AUGUUCACAAAUUUUAACUUUUCCGCGCUUGCAGAUCUCAAUAUAAACGAGAGACUUCAGCAGAUUAAAAAUGAUCUGGAGGCGAACAUAGAGAGUUCUCUUGGAAUUGAUCAUGCCGCUCUAGCAGCUUUAACUGGCGAAGGUGACAAGGGCAUCGAGGCUGCGGCAGGAAGUGGUUCAAAGACCAAUGCUGAGGUGGACCAGUUGCCAGCACUAUCCUCACCAAUUCUUCAGAACGGGGGCGCAUCCAGUGGCUGGGGCCCUAGCAGCGACAGCGCUGGCGAGCAGCCGAUGGAAGCGGUUUCUCAGCACAGCCAGGAUCCCAGCCAGGCCUCACCAAAAGCCCUGAAAUCCCCCAGAUCAUCCAGUGGCGCAGCGCAGAGGCAGACCAGCUUCCGGCCCAAACAGGAGCAUGCCAGGAAGGGGGUGCGGCGGUUGUGGGCCGAGCCCUUAAGGAGGGCCAGUCCGAGGGUGUCAGCUUCAGCAGAAGCCACGACUCCAAAAGAUGCCAGUGCUGACACGUCUGGCCCUUCCAGCAGCAAGGAGCCGGCACUUGUGCAGCCCAGUGAGACACCCAGGUCCAACCGCAGCUCCUCCCGGUCACCACGCAGCGCCCGAGCAGCAGGGCAGUGGCAGGAGAAAGCACCCAUCACGCCGCGACAGGCCGGCUCCGCUCAGGCACUGCAGAGCAGCGCUGAUGUCAGGCAUACCAUCCCUGCAGAACCUGAAAAUGGAGCCGUAUCGGAUAAGGAUGAGGCCACAGCUGGCUGGGAAGGCGACGAUGAACAGGACUCAGAAGACCUGCAGGGGCUGGAGGGCACCCAGCAGCACACUGACACCGAGGCAGGGGAAGCCCCACCGAAGACGCAAGGGCCCGACCAGCGAGCAGCCGGUGAAUCGUCAGCCUCAGCAGCUGAGCAUGCAGAACCGGAGGAGCCGUCAGACACUGGUACUGCACAUGCGGCAGCCGCUUCAUCUGCAAUAUCACGCCCUUCUGCAGCCGCUGGGGAUGAACAAAAAGACGGCGCGCCUCCUGAGCAGCCAGGGGAAGCCUUACAACAACCGACAGAGCUGCACACAGACGGGGUCCCAGGGGCCACAGAGCGCGCAUCCUCACUGGACCGGCAGCCGGACACGCCGCCGCUGUCACCGCCGUGCUCGCCGCUGCCGGCAGCUUCUGCCGAGCCCGCGUUUCCAGAGGCCGGCAGCCUGGAGGAAGCUUCCAUAGAGCUGCCGGAGCCUGGCGCGGCACACCAACGGCGGCCGUCGGAUGACGUGGAGAGCACCGCGUCCACCAGCCACGCCAGAGAUGUGGCAGCAGCGCUGCAGGAGGCUGACGCCGUCAGCGGCCCCGUCAAAGGCACGACUAUACUGUCUCUCUGUCUCUCAAGCAUUCUGGCGGUGGAUGUGGGUGCGCUGGAGGGUGAGGAGGUGCGAUCGCUGGCGGCGGAGCUGCAGGGGGCGCUGCAGGCCCGCGAGGUGCAACUGGAGCGCAAGUUCCAGGAGGUCGCCGCCAUGCAGGACCUUACCCAGCAGCUCAUGGCGCGCAAUGAGGAGCUGGCGCGCAAGUCGGCGGCGAUAAGCGAGGAGGACCUGGAGGCGAUGCGGGGCGAGUUUGAGGCGCGGCUGGGCGCGGCUGAGCGCAAGGUGUACGCGCUCACCAAGGAGCGCGACGCGUUGCGCCGGGGCGCUGACAAGCUCAACUCCGCCAACGACCUGGUCAAGGAGAAGGACGCCAUCAUCCAGCAGGUGAUGGAGGAGGGGGAGCGGCUGAGCAAGAAGCAGCUAGCGCAGGAGAACACCAUCAAGAAGCUGCGCUCGCAGCUGGAGGAGGUGAAGGCCGAGAAGGGCGCUACCGCCGGUACCCUCGCCGCCGAGCGCGCCAAGGUGGAGGCAGCGCUGGCGGCCAAGGCGAAGGCGGAGGAGGGAACAGCGGCGCUGCGGCAGGCGCACAAGGCGGAGCUGGAGGCCGAGAAGGCGCACUAUGAAGGCCUCCUGCAAUGCGCCCGCGCCGCCCAGGCACGCUCCGCAUUCCUUGUAUUACUCUUUCCUGCUCUCGGACAUGCCUCUGGUCUGGGAUUUGAGGCAAGGAGGCGGCACAAGGUGGAGGCAGAGGAGGCGGCGCGGGCAGCGGCCAAGGAGGGGCUGGGGCGGCGGCUGCGCGAGGCGGAGGCACGCGCCGAGUCGCUGGCCGAGACCGUGGACGAGCUGCGCGCCGGACUUGACCGCCAACGGGCCGCCGCCGACAUGCGGGAGGAUGCGCUGAAGCGGGAGCUGGCGGACAUAACGCGGCGCAGCCAGGCGGCGGAGGCGCGGCACGAGGAGCUCGCGACGGCGCUACCGGAAGCCACGCGGCCGCUGCUGCGCCAGAUCGAGGCCAUGCAGGCCGCCAACGCCGCCAAUGCGCAGGCCUGGGCCGCUGCCGAGCGCACCCUCCACGACCGCCUCAGCGCCGCAGAAGCCCACGCCGCUGCCUGCGGGGAGAGAGAGCGGGGCGCGAACGAAAAAGCCCAGAACGCGAGCGCGCGGCAGGCGGCGCUGGUGGCCGCGCUGGAGGCUGCGCGGGAAGAGGCCUCGGCCUCGCGCCACGACGCGGAUGCCGCCAACCACGCCCUCAUGGACGCCCAGUCGCAGCUGCGCCGCCUAGAAGACCAGCUGAAGCAGGCGACAAAGCGGGUGACGGAGGAAGCCGUGGCGCGGGAGGAGGCGCAGGGGGCGGCGCUGCAGCGGGGGGAGGCAAGCGCGGAAGCCGCAAUGGCCGCGCUAGCUGCGGCCGAGGCGCGCGCUGCCGCCGCGGAGGAGCGCCUCCGGGCCGCGUCGCAGCCGCAGCCGUCCUCUUCCGGCGCGCCCGGCGACGGCGCUGGGCCGCCCGCGCUGGCCGGGCCAGGCUACAAGUGGGUGCUGGUGAAGGAGGGCGAGGAGGCGCCCAUGAGCACAGCCGGGGAUGCGAGGGGUGCUGCAGUCGACGACACCGAUCUGGGCACCACCACAUUGCUGGACAGGUUCUAUGGCAGCUCCGUGAGAGGCCCGGGCGGUGCCCCCGCCGACUCGGAGCGCCUCAGAGACUCGCUGCGGCAUAAGGAGGAGCAGGUGAAGGCGCUGCAGCAGCAGCUGCUGGGGCUGGAACAGACGUGGGACAGCCUUGCGGAGGAGCUGGUGAUGGCGGCGCAGGCAGUCGAGGCCGGCAAGGGCCUGCAGCGGGAGCUGACCAGCCUGCAGGACAACUACGAGCAGGCAUGCCCCAGCAUCCUAUUGCACGCUCUCAUUCCACCCUCAAUAGAGUCGCUGCGCAUCCCCACCUGA